AACGUUACCUGCGCCAUGGGCAACAAACGUCACACCAAACCCUGUUCAAAAGUACGGUUCUUCCAGCGAUUUCGAACGAAGAAAAAGUUUGACGUUUGUAACCACAGUCCCUGAAAGCCACAUGACACAACAACGAAGAUGGCCUGUUGUGGAAACUGUUUUUGUUGCCAAUGUUGCUGCAGAGAAGGAGAGACGCGGACACCCGAGGAACUGACAAUCCUUGGGGAAAUCCGAGAUGAAGAAGAUGAGAUUCUGCCUAGGAAAGACUAUGAGAGCUUGGAUUAUGACUGCUGCAUCAGUGAGCCCUACGUGGAGAUCCUGGAGGGGAUGGACAACAGGAAAGCCAAAAAGUAUGAAGCGAUGCGGUGGAUGAUGAUGUUUGCUAUUGGAGUCACAGUGGGUCUGGUGGGCCUGUUUGUGGAUUUCUUUGUGCGCCUCUUGAGCAAAAUCAAAUUCACUCUGGUUGGCGAUUCUUUAGAGAAGUGCAGUGAUAAAGGCUGUCUCCCUCUGUCUCUGCUGGAGCUCCUGGCUUUCAACAUGACCUUUGUCUUCAUUGCCAGUGUGCUAGUCCUCAUCGAGCCAGUAGCUGCAGGUUCGGGAAUCCCAGAAAUCAAAAGUUACUUGAAUGGAGUAAAGAUUCCAAGAAUUGUCCGGCUGCGAACUUUUCUCUGCAAAGCUGCUGGAGUUCUGUUCAGUGUGGCCGGAGGUCUGUUUGUGGGGAAAGAAGGUCCAAUGAUACACAGUGGAGCCAUUGUGGGAGCUGGUCUUCCUCAGUUUCAGAGCAUCACUUUCAAGAGGAUCAAAUUCGAUUUUCCAUACUUCCGCAGUGACCGGGACAAGCGAGACUUUGUGUCAGCGGGUGCUGCGGCUGGAGUAGCUGCUGCCUUUGGUGCUCCUAUAGGUGGCAUACUCUUCAGUCUGGAGGAGGGGUCCUCGUUCUGGAACCAGGCCCUCACUUGGAAAGUGCUCUUCUGUUCCAUGUCGGCCACUUUCACCCUCAACUUCUUCCGAUCUGGGAUCAACUUCAACAAGUGGGGCUCCUUCCAACUGCCUGGUCUGCUCAACUUUGGAGAAUUCAAGUGUUCAGAUGGAGAUAAGAACUGCCACCUGUGGACAGCAGUGGACCUGACUUUCUUUGUCCUGAUGGGGGUGGUGGGUGGCCUGCUGGGGGCGCUCUUCAACUACAUGAACAAGAGCCUGGCCAAGUACCGCAUCAGACACAUUCAUCCAAAGGCCAAGUUUAUCAGAGUUCUAGAGAGUCUGCUGCUUGCCAUGGUGACAACAGUGGUGAUAUUUGCAGCUUCCAUACUGUUGGGUGAAUGUCGUGACCUGUCCUCCCCUACAACCCAUAACACCACGCUGUCUGGCAGCGAGGAUAUCAACUCAACCAUUCGCCAGUUCUUCUGCACCAACAAGACCUACAAUGACAUGGCCACAUUGUUCUUCAACCCACAGGAGGCUGCCAUCCACCAGCUCUUCCACCAGGAUGGUACCUUCAGCCCUGUGACUCUGUCAGUGUUCUUCCUGCUGUACUUCCUGUUGGCCUGCUGGACCUACGGUGUGUCUGUACCGAGCGGCCUCUUCGUCCCCUCGCUGCUCUGUGGGGCGGCUUUUGGGCGUCUGGUUGCCAACAUCCUCAAAGUGAAACUGGGAAUGGAUAUCUACUCCGGGACCUUUGCUCUCAUCGGAGCUGCAGCCUUCCUUGGAGGCGUGGUCAGAAUGACCAUCAGUCUGACUGUCAUCCUCAUUGAAUCCACCAAUGAAAUAACAUACGGGCUGCCCAUCAUGAUCACUCUCAUGGUUGCCAAAUGGACUGGAGAUUUUUUCAACAAGGGCAUCUAUGACAUCCACAUCCAGCUGAGAGGAGUGCCACUGCUGGAGUGGGAGACUGAGGUUGAAAUGGACAAAUUGACAGCCAGUGACAUCAUGGAGCCCAAUUUGACCUAUGUGUACCCCCACACCCGGGUCCAGUCUCUGGUCAGUAUCCUGCGCACCACAGUUUACCAUGCCUUCCCUGUGGUCACUGAAAACCGGCAGAAUGAACGGGACUUCAUGAAGGGCAACAUCCUGGUCAGCAACAACAUUCGCUUCAAGAAAUCCAGUGUUGUGUCCCGUGCGGGGGAACAGCGGCGGCGCUGCCAGUCCAUGAAGUCAUACCCAUCCAGCGAGCUGAGGAAUGUUUGUGAUGAACAGAACACCGUAGUAGAGCCUGCAGAGGAGGGAGAGGACCUGCUGCAGCAGAUGUUAGAGAGGAGGCAUGCUCCCUACCCCAACCUGUAUCCAGAUCAGUCUCCCAGUGAGGAGUGGACCAUGGAGGAGCGCUUCAGACCACUCACCUUCCACGGCCUCAUCCUGCGUUCCCAGCUUGUCAACCUGCUCAUCAGAGGGGUCUGCUAUGCUGAAAACCAGUCGAGCGCCACCCAGCCCAGGUUGUCCUAUGCAGAGAUGACUGAAGAUUACCCACGUUACCCUGACAUCCAUGACUUGGACCUAGCCCUGCUAAACCCCCGCAUGAUAGUGGAUGUAACCCCCUACAUGAACCCAUGUCCCUACACUGUCUCGCCAAACACCCACAUCUCCCAGGUGUUUAACUUGUUCAGGACCAUGGGUCUGAGACACUUACCAGUGGUUAACGCUGUCGGAGAAAUUGUUGGAAUAAUCACAAGACAUAAUUUAACCCACGAGUUCCUUGUGGCUAAACUGCGACAGCACUGCAUCACUAUCUGACCCGACUCUGGACAUUCUGCCAUCCUUCCAGCCCAGCCUUUGUUUAGCCUGGUCCUGAGCCUUUGUCUCUGUCCAUUCCUAACAGCAUGCACACACUCUCUGUGGUACAGUUCUCCAUUAAGUGAAACUGUUCAGUUGUAUUUCACUCAAGUCUUACAUUUUCAGUUAGUGAAUUGUCAGCUCACCUCCACCACCAGCCUAGCCUAGGAUCCACCGCUUCAGUGGCAGGACUGGAAGCAUAGACUAGGUAUACUGCAACAGAACCAUAUUUGACUUUACCAUGUUGAUCUGUACAGAAAAAAGUUUUACAUGACACAAAUAUUACCCAAACUAUCCAUAUUGAGGGCUGAUAAUUCAUUGCUGUGCAUUCAGGCUGUGAGCAACAGGACUGAGGAGUUGCUCCCCUCUGACACAGGAACAUUACGCCAGAUUUCCACUGGAUGCGUGUCCGUUGCAGAACGGCAGUGCUGGUUAUCCGCUGCUUGCUCCGCCGUCCAUCAAUA